UCAAGCCAUCAAGCCGAGAGGUGAACAGUAAACAAAUGUGUAAACAUUGAAAACAACAAAUUGAUCUCAACCACCUAUUUCCGCAGUUCUAAUUCGUUUAUUUUGGUACGAUUAAUGCAAAAUGUCUGCUUCUUCUGUUAAAAGGUACAGGAGAGAUUCGGAAAAGAGCGACGAGGAGGAGAACGACAAGUAUGUUCCAUAUGUGCCGGUGAGGGAAAGAAAGAAGCAACAGCUUCUCAAGCUGGGUCGCAUCGUGCAGCUCACUGCGGAAGCAUCAGCAGUCGGAAAAUCGUCCAGCGAAAAUGAACACGAAGAGGAAAGUACGGAGGAGUCGUGGGGCAGAAAAUUCAACAUUAGCCUGUUGGAUCAACAUACCGAGCUGAAGAAGAUAGCGGAGGCAAAGAAAAUCAGCGCCGUUGAGAAGCAGCUGAAGGAGGAGGAAAAGAUCCUGGAAAGUGUUGCCGAAAAGAAAGCCCUGAUGGGUGUUGCAGAGUUGGCGAAAGGUAUACAGUAUGAAGAUCCGAUCAAAACCAGCUGGACGCCGCCAAGAUACAUUCUAGCGAAGCCAGAAUCGCGCCACGAGAAGAUCCGUGAAAAGCUUCGAAUUUUAACAGAAGGAGAAAACGUACCACCGCCGCUGCUAACCUUUCGCGAAAUGAAGCUACCGAAGGCAGUGCUGGCGGCAUUGGCGAAGCGGAACAUCAAGAAACCAUCUCCGAUUCAAGUGCAAGGCAUACCGGCAGUACUAGCUGGCCGGGACUUGAUCGGAAUCGCUUUCACGGGCUCGGGCAAAACGCUGGUGUUUGUGUUGCCGAUAAUUAUGUUCUGUUUGGAGCAGGAAUUGCGCCUGCCAUUCAUCAAGCGUGAAGGUCCAUACGGGUUAAUCAUCUGUCCGUCGCGGGAGCUCGCGAAACAAACACACGAUAUCAUCCAGUACUACUGCCGACACCUGCAGGAAGCCGGUAUGCCCGAGAUCCGUACCGUGCUGGCGAUUGGCGGAGUGCCGGUGAACGAUGCGAUCGCAAUCAUUCAGCAAGGAGCACACAUCAUGGUAGCCACACCGGGUCGGCUUAUGGAUAUGCUUGAUAAGAAGCUGGUCAAUCUCGACGUCUGUCGCUACCUGUGCAUGGAUGAAGCCGAUCGAAUGAUUGACAUGGGAUUCGAGGAGGACGUUCGUACCAUAUUUUCCUACUUCAAGGGGCAGCGACAGACGCUUCUGUUUUCGGCUACCAUGCCGAAAAAAAUCCAAAACUUUGCCAAAUCUGCUCUCGUGAAACCGGUCACCAUUAACGUCGGUCGAGCCGGUGCGGCCUCGAUGAAUGUUACGCAGGAUGUGGAGUACGUGAAACAGGAGGCAAAGGUUGUGUAUUUGUUGGAGUGCCUGCAAAAAACUCCACCGCCAGUGCUUAUUUUCGCUGAGAAAAAGCAGGACGUCGAUGCGAUUCACGAGUACUUACUGCUGAAGGGUGUGGAAGCUGUGGCGAUUCAUGGCGGAAAGGAUCAAGAGGAACGCUACCGGUCGGUCGAAUCAUUUCGAAAUCAGGAAAAAGAUGUCCUGGUCGCAACGGACGUCGCAUCGAAAGGGUUAGACUUUCCCGACGUGCAGCACGUAAUCAAUUACGACAUGCCGGACGAUAUCGAGAACUAUGUGCAUCGGAUCGGUCGUACGGGACGGUCGGGAUCGAAGGGGCUCGCGACUACGUUCAUCAACAAGGCAACCGAACAGUUUGUACUGCUCGACUUGAAGCACCUUUUGAUUGAGGCAAAACAGAAGGUGCCUCCGUUCUUGGGCGAACUCUGCUCGGAGACGGAGAAGUAUGCCGAUCUGGGUGAUGGCUGCAGUUACUGCGGCGGUUUAGGCCAUCGUAUCACCGAGUGUCCCAAGCUGGAAGCGGUACAAAGUAAGCAAGCCUCCAAUAUUGGACGCAGAGAUUAUUUGUCGAACACGGCGGCUGAUUAUUAGACUACUGCCCGCGGUUGGUAAUUUCGUUCUUAACUACCAAACGAUUCGGUAUGAUUUAACCAUGUAAAGUUUUAAAGAUUAGUAAUUGUUUAAUGUAAAAUGUCUGGAAUAAACGCGAAAGUAGAUGAUACGGCAAAGAA